GAAGUAUUGAUGCCCACUAGACCGCCGAGCCCGACAUCUGAAUCACUUUAAGUCGGUGCAAAUCGGUUUGCAGUAUACUCGCAAAACUUUCCCCGCCCAGUACAUUAUCCUGCUGGGAAGCAUUGAACGAGGGCGUCUCAGGCACAGCGGUUAGACUCAAUCUGCCAAGCAUCCCAUUGUUCUAUCUCGAUCAGGUCGCCUCAAUGGUACGGCUGUACAUCCAGAUGGCGAUAGGAAGGGUAUACGGCACUCUUCUCUGCCUCGUUUCCAUAAGAGCAAUCUCCCUAUGUUUCGCCCAUUGCAAGAUUUGAUUCAUGCGCAGCCCGACUGUAUAUUACGAAAUAUACUACAGUUACUGACAAUGGUAUGCGUUCGAUACCACAGAUGGGUCUCACAAGCCAUUCCAGAAAUGUGCGCUCAAAGGCACAUGUCUCAGGCCACAAUACCAGACAUCUGAUCCUCAGUGAACCCGAUCGUCUCGGCUACAAUGGGCUUAAUGUGGUCCGGUUGUUAGGUAGCCGCUCUUCACAUUCACGGUGAAUAUCCGCCACGUCAGAGGAAGCAAAUAUCACACGCUUCACAGCCUCACAAUAGCACGAGCUCAACAAUAGCCAGACCGCCUU